AUGUCCCAGAAUACAGCCACUACUUCUUCCUCUUCUUUUUCUUCUUCUUGGCAUGCCGUAAGGAUGGAUCAAGUUCGUCGAGCAGCCUAUCACAAUAGCACCGGAGCCUCAUUGCUUGCCGCGGGAGAUACGAAGAAAGCAUGCAAGUCGUUCAAGUCGUCCCUACAAGUAUUUGCUCGGCUCGUUGCGCAGCUGGGAGACGAUCAGCCGCCUCCUCAGGAAGCGAAUCCCGACGAAGUCAAGGUGUUGUGGCCUGUGCCUCGGUCGCCUAUGGCAUCUCCGGACACGGAAACGUCGCCGGAGAAUCAGGGCCAACCGUACCUCUACAGCAAGGCCAUGGUCUUCUAUCCCAACUCCACCAUUACGAGCGUCGAUUUGACAUUCUAUGUCAGUGUCGUGGUGUUCAAUUUAUUAGUGACCUACCAAACCACUAAAAAGAACCCCCAAGGCAGGGAUUUGAAGAAGAUUUUUGAUCUCUAUGAGCUCUGUCUUCGGCUGAUCAGCGAAAGCGCAAAGAGUAUGGAGUACGACUGCGCCCACCUCGUUGUGGCGACGUUGAAUAACAAGUCCGUCCUCCUUUCCGAGUUGGGUCAACAUACCCUAGCCAGAAGGAUGUUAUACCACGUGUGGGAUGUGAUGCAGUAUCCUCAGCGACGCCCGGAGCAUUUGGAGCAAUCUGAGGUAGAGGGCAUAUUCCUGAACAUAUUCCUCAUUCUUGUCAACGCUCCUUAUGUUGCUGGAGCUGCUUGA